AUGGCAGUUCCGCCAGCACCCAACAGAUGGGGGACAGGUUCUGUCUCCGAGUCGCCGGGACCGUCCAGCAUCUUAAUGCAGUUUGACCUGCAGCCGACAUUCCUGGCGCCCCGGGUGAGUCACCGCAGGACCGCACUGCCCCGGAAUCCCCAGAGGUCUCUAAGGCCGGUUCUCCGUACGCCCCUGCCCCCGACAGGAGAGGAAACUGAGGCCCGUGGGGUCGGGGAGUUCCGGUCAGCUCCAAGCCCAGGCCCCCUCUUGGUUCUGAGCCGGUUCCCUGCGCUGCAUGUGGACCUCUCUGCACUCGUGUUCUUGACAAAGGGCCCUCGGGUCACCGCACUACCGGCCGGCGCCGUUUUGGAGCGUCGGGUCCCGGGCCUCACUCGCCCGGCCCGAGGUAUCGCAGGGAGGUUCGUGCGGAGCCGGUGUGAACCGCACCCGCGCUGCGGCGCCAGAGGCCCCCGAUCACAUCCCAUCACCUCCGACUCCACCGUUUCAUCCCCUGAAGCCGCUUGUCUGUUGCCGGACAAAUAUCUUCGUGACCUUCGUGAUCUCGGUCAGUAUCUGAGUGUCAUCUGCUCAGUACCUGGCAGGUGUCUGGUGCUCAGCAGCUGUGGAACAGUUGCCCAGCAGGAGAGGACAGCACAGACUCAUCCCAGUGAGGUGGCGUGGCCCAUCACGUCAUGGAGAAUGAAAGAAAGACUGCUUUUGGCCAGCCAGCCCAGGGAGAGGUGGAGACGAGUCCACUGUGUGCAGAGGUGUCAUGGAAGCUGUCGUGUCAGGAGCAUUCUAGACCGCACUGUCCUUGAGGCUGUUUUGGGUCUGAUCACAGGCAAGCAGACUGAAGAGGGGUGUUGCUGCGUGACUACCGCCAGACCUCCUUCUCCUGUUGCCUCAGCACAGUAUGGAAGGACUUGGCCCCAUGUGACCAGGUCAGGGGCCUGGCUAAGGCCUGAGACUCUGGGACCUUGGGAUUCACAGCUGGAGACCUUCAGCUGGCUCUGCCCCUUCCCAGCGGGUGCCACAGGGCACAGCGGACCCAGAAGACUGGUUUCCUUCCAUCUGGACCAGGUCCUCCAGUGGCUUCCAUGUCCCCCUCUCUGUUCCUGGUGUAACUUUUAGAACCAGGAGUUCCUGUUGGAGGCGUCUCUGCUGGGCAUCUUGUCCUCUCACCCACUUCAAUAAAUCUUGAA